AUGGCAUUUGAGCUAUCUGGGGAGGCAAAUCCUUUAGAUUUGCAAAAUGUCCUCAAUGCGCUUAUGCUGGCUGCCAGUUCGACGCAGCAGCAGGUGCAGACCGGUGCCCAGCAGCUCCAGAACUGGGAGAAACAAGCAAAGUACUACUCGUUCGUUCAGGAUAUCUUCCUAGAUUAUUCUGUUCCGUUCGAAGUCCGGUACCUCGCGAUCAUCCAACUGAAAAAUGGAAUCGAUAAAUAUUGGCGCAAAACCGCAACCAAUGCCAUCAAAAAGGAAGAGAAAGACCAUAUCAAGACAAGAACUUUGCAAGCUGGCGUCGUUGAGCCAGUCCCGGUUCUUGCUCUUCACAACGCAUUGAUGCUUGCGAAAGUAUUUCGCUACGAAUUCCCGCAAGAAUGGCCUGAUGGCAUGUCUUCGAUCAUCGCUUUCCUCCGAUCCUCCACGCAGCCCGGCGCGAAUCCGUUGCAAUUACCGCGAACCCUCACCAUCCUCUUACAAAUCAUAAAGGAGCUAUCCACAGCACGUUUGCAGAGAACACGCGCCCACCUCCAGUCAGCCUCCCCGGAAGUAUUCCAUCUUCUGGGAAGCAUAUACGUGGACAAAGUGAACAAAUGGGGUUCCGUUUUGGAGCAGGGUGGUGCUGACGAGGCGGCAUUGUUGGAAACAAUUGAACAAAGCUUGGUCUCUAUGAAGGUUAUUCGACGACUCGUUAUUGCUGGAUUCGAACAUCCGAGCCGCGAUAAAGAGGUCCAGGACUUCUGGCGCCUGACUCAUUCCCAUUUCAGCCGAUUCCUUUCGUUUGUGCAGGGACAAACUACAUUGCCCGAACAGAUCCACAGAUCGAUCGAGAAGCAUUUGCUACAGUUGUCGAAACUCCACGUUGAUAUGGCCAAGACCCAUCCCGCUUCUUUCUCCUUGCUGCCAGACAGUAUCACCCUUGUGCAAUCCUAUUGGACAUUGGUUGUCAAGCUUGGGGAGGACUAUGGGAAACUUGAAGCUGAAGGAAAAUCGUUGAUGGAAAAGACCGGACUCAGAGCACUUCUCUUGAUCAGAGCUUGUGCGAAGAUGGCCUUUAACCCCGUUCAGACAUUCAAGUACCAAACACCGGCGGACAAAGAAGAGAAGAAGCAGGCAGUGGACCUUAUCAAGGCCCAACUGUUCACGCCAGACUUCGUGAUCAAUGUCAUGGAGCUCCUGGUUACCCAGUUCUUCAGAUUUAGGAAGGGUGACUUCCAAGAGUGGGAAGAGGAGCCCGAAGAAUGGGAGAAAAGAGAGGCCGAAAUCGCUGAGGCUUGGGAAUUUUCUAUCCGUUCCUGCUCCGAGAAGCUCUUCCUUGAUCUCGUCAUUCAUUUCAGAGAACUUCUUAUUCCUCGUUUAUUGAGCGUGUUCUAUAAUUUCUCCAGCCCCGAGAAUCGCGAUGUUCUGCUGAAAGACUCAUUGUAUUCGGCCAUCGGAUUGGCUGCAGCAUGCCUAGACCGACAUCUGGAUUUCAAUGCCUUCUUGGAAUCGUCGCUCGUCCCCGAAGUCCAGAUUCAGGAACAGGGAUACAAUCUUCUCCGGCGAAGGAUCGCCAUUUUACUCGGCCAAUGGGUCCCCGUGAAGCCAGACGAGCUGAACAGGAAUGCCAUCUACCAGAUUUUCCAAUACCUGCUAAGCAGACAGGACCCAUUGAACGAUCUUGUCGUACGAGUCUCCGCUGGCCGGCAACUUCGAAGUGUCCUUGACCCAUACGAGUUCUCCCCUUCCGGGUUUAUACCAUACGCACCAUCCAUACUUUCAGAUCUCAUGGCUCUUACCCAAGAGGUUGAGCUCCCCGAAACCAAGAUGGCACUUCUGGAUACGGUCCGCGCUAUAGUGGUCAAAAUGGAGGAUAAUAUUACACCCUUCUCGGACCAGAUUCUAGCAUUACUGCCUCCGCUAUGGGAACAAUCAGGAGAAGAACACUUGAUGAAACAGGCCAUCCUCACGCUACUCUCGUCGUUGAUAGACUCGCUGAAGCAGGACUCAGCCAAGUAUCACCCGCUUAUCCUGCCUCUGAUCCGCAGCUCAGUCGAGCCGGGCUCUGAAACCCAAAUCUAUCUCCUCGAAGAAGCCCUAGAACUCUGGGCCUCAAUCAUGAUCCAAACCCCCGCCCCAGCAUCCCCCGAGAUCCUCUCCCUCCUUCCCGCCCUCUUCCAAAUCUUCGAAGACGCAACAGACAGCUUCCCCAUGGCCCUCCAAAUCGCCGAAUCAUACAUCUUCCUCGCCCCCCAAGAAGCCCUCAGCCACCACAUCCGCCUCCCCCUACUCACCUCCCUAGAAUCCCUUCUCAAAUCAACCACCAAGCAACGCCUCGGCUCCGUCCCCCGCCUUGUGGAACUCCUAAUCCGCGGCGCCGGAACCGUCGACCCCGGCAACAACGAAACCACAUACCAAGUUAUCGCGCGCUCCUUACUAGACAGCUCUUUCCUCGAGGGCCUCCUCGAAGGCCUGCACUCUGCCCACGAAGCAAGCCAAACCACUGGCCCGCACCGCAAACAAACGCAAGUCUACGGCAUGGUUGAAACAGAUUAUCUCUCCGUCCUCGCGCGUCUUGCGCUCGCAAACCCAAAGAUCCUCGCCUCCGCAGUCGCAGCGACAACAGGAACCUCCGAGGAAACGACCCUCACCUGGAUCCUGACAGAAUGGUUCUCGCACUACGAUAACAUCGGCUCCGUAAACCAGAAGAAACUCCACGCGCUGGCGCUUACUCAAUUCCUCGCUCUUAACGGCCCCGACACCCAGCCGCCGCAUUAUAUCCUGAACCACCUGCAAUCGUACCUAAGUGUGUGGACAGAUAUCGUCACCGAACUUGCUGAGGGCUCGGAGGAGGAUCCUAGCUUGCCAGGUGAUUAUUUGAUUUUCUGGAAUCAGCCGCAGCCCGGGCAGUAUCAUGAGAACGAGCCGCCGGAGACUGACCGGAGACGGCAGUGGGAUAGUUCGGAUGUUGUUCAUACGAUUAACAUUCGGGACUUUGUCCGUCAGAAGCUGCAUGCGUUGAUUGUUGCUUGUGGUGGGGAGCAGCGGUUCCAGGAGGAAUGGUUGUUGAAUGUUGAUCGUGAGGUUGUUGCGGCUUUUGGGGCUCUGGGGCUUUUUUGA